ACGACGACGCCGACGCCAUUUUGCGACUUUCCCUGUUUAGAAACCUGAAGCAGCAAACUAUAGCAACGAGCCGUAAACAGUCCUCUCCGCCAUGUUUGUUCCAGUCAGUGCGGGGAGAGGAGCUCCGGACAGCAGCGCGCUCUCUCUCAGCAUGUCGGAGAUACUGUGCCGGUGGCUGAACUCGGAGCUCCGCUUAUCUAAAACCGUCGAGCCGCUUACUUUGGCUAGAGAUUUCUGUAACGGAUAUCUUCUGGGUGAAGUUCUGCACAAACACCAGCUCCAGCAGGACUUCCAGCAGUUCUCCAAACACAGCACAGCUAAUGCCAAGCUGAACAACUUCACGCGUCUAGAGCCUACGCUGCAGCUCCUGGGCGUGGCCUUUGACCUGGGCGUGGCCAGAGCGGUGAUGCAGGGCCAGCAGGGGGCAGCCACGCGUCUACUGUACCAGCUGUACGUGGUGCUGCAGAAGAAGAGGCGUUUAGGGCUGACGGGCACGGUGCUGGAGACCAUGCUGCCUGAGGCCAUCUCCAGACUGCACCGUGUGGAGAACCACAUCUACACCCAGCGAUUGAGGACGAUGGUGAAGCGUGAGGCAGACGUGAAGAUGCAGAAGAUCGCACAGCGCUUCGAUAAGAGAGGCCGUGAUGCGUAUAGCCGCUCGGUGAUGGCUGAAGUGGAGCGAGAGGAGAGACGGCGCCACCUGCAGGAGCAGAUCAGACUGCAGGACCUCCAGAAGCACCGACAGGCCCGUAGGAAGAAGCAGGAGAUAAUGGACCGAAUUCAGACAGCUAUAGUGCAGAUACCCAAACCCCCCAUCAGUCGUUCAUUCCGAGCGACGGGCAAACACACACACCCCAACCACCCAGAUGCUCAGAAUGUUCGUUAUCAGAUCAGUGAGUUUGAGAAGAACAGAAAGAGACUGUCUCCUGCAUCAUGUCCGGCCUCUGUCAGUGUGCAGGUGAGCGAGGAGCAGAUGGAGGAAUGGAACAAUGCGUAUGUGCAGAAGAUCAGGAAGCGUCUGGAGGAGGACGCCAUGGCACGGGAACAGAGAGAGAAACGCCGCCGCCGAGCACUAAUCCAACAGCUACACACACACCAGACCCACGAGGAGAUGCUGCGGGAGGAGCAGCUGAUUGGGCGGCUGAUGCGUCAGUCACAGCAGGAGAAGCGAAUAGCAGUGCAGCUGAUGCAGAUCCGACAGCAGAAGGAGGUUCUGAGGCAAAACCGCAUCCUGAGGGGGAGAGACAUCCAGCAGCAGAGACUCAGGGACUUCCAGCAGACCCUGGACCGAGAGGCAGCUCUGCUACAGCAGGACCGGGUUAAUCGGGAGGCGGAGCUGUGUAAAGAGCGGGAACUUUACAAGCGUCUGGCUGCUGAGCGCGCUCAGUCCAAACACCUGAAACACCUGAACACCUGCAGGGGGAUUCUGGAGCACAUCGUGGACCUGGCAACCAAAGCUGGAGAAUACCGCCUGCUUACUGCUAAUCUGAUCCCAGUGAAGCUGAUGAGGGAGUGGAAAGAGUUGUGGUUGAGCGGGAAGCCGCUGUAUGAGAUGGAGUUGAGUCCAGAGCAGGAUGUGGAGCUGGAGAAACUCCACAUCCUCAACCAGCAGGACUACACCGACUACACGAGUAUGACAGGAGAGUGGGCGUGGCCAGAAGAAGGUGAGAGGAAAGCUCCACCCCCCAAUAACGACAUCCUGGGUCACAUUGUGAGCCGAUUGCGAAACCUGGUUAAUCCACCUGAGCUGAUUGCUCCGCCCCCUGCCUUCCCUCACUGCACACUCCGAGUCUGUGUUCUGGGAAAAGCCUGCUCCGGAAAGACCACCUGCCUCACACGGAUCAGCCAGGCUCAUGGUAUCCACGUCCUGUCAGCUGAUGCUCUGAUCCAGGAGGCGCUGGAAGCUCACCGGACUGCAGAACCCGAGAGCGAGGUGAAUACAGGAAGCAGCGACUCUCCUCAGCAGGACACGGAGCAGAGUGAGGGGGCGGAGCCACUGCCUGCUCCACACACAGAGCCAGGAUCUCACAGCCUGGAAAACUGCUCAAAUUCUUUGCGAGCUCAGUAUGGUGCAGCUGUUGAAGAAGCACUAAAAACAGGCAAAGGUGUUCCUGAUGACCUGCUCAUCAACAUCAUCACAGACGCAAUCAGGAAGGUUCCGCCGGGUCAGGGUUGGGUUCUGGAUGGGUUCCCUGUGGAGCUGUCUCAGGCCCGGUUGCUGGAGAAGGCUCUGGGCGGAACUGACCCGGAUCAGGACCAUACAAAUGGGCGAGAUAAGAGUCAUGAGCUAGCAGUGGACAGGAACGCCCCUCAGGCUCCGCCCCCAGCCUCACCUGUGCUACACCUGGCUGUGUUGCUGGAGGUGUCAGAUGAGCAGGUGCUGGAACGACAUCAACACCAACAGGAGCAGGUGCAGGAGUGGGGGAUAAACCCUGAGCACACAGCGCCUCCUGCUGGAGAGAGGAGUCAGGAUCACAGGCAGGUCCAGCACAGGAUUGUGGGGUUUCAGGACUCCUGGUCCAGGCUGGAGGACUGGUUUGGAGUGGAACAGAAGAUCUUGGUGAAGGUGGAUGGAGAUGUGGAUGAGGAGACUCUGUACAGGAGGGUGGAGGCGGUGCUGUUACACGCCAUGGACACUGCAGGAAAAGGUGAUUCCAGGAGGGUGUCAGUUUCAUCCUCGUCAGCUGCUGAAGCCCCGCCUCCUGAGCCUGGCUCCUCCUCCUGGGUGUAUGUGGAUGAUCAGUUACCCAAGGAGAUGUCAGAGAACCUGCUGUCACACUGGGAGAACAUGUGCAGCUCAUACGUCUCCAACGUUAAAGCUGUGAUGCAGAACCUGCGCAAGGAACGGAACCUCAUCAUACACCACCUCUACAACAUCCGAGAGGAAUAUAAACAGUACCUGAUGAGACCGGAUCUGAAGCAGGAGUUUGUGUGUGUGUGGCAGCGUGAAUAUAACAGUGUGUCAGAUGAUACGAGACACGAAGACGAGACCAAAUCAGAGCUGCACCAGAGACUGGAGGAACUGCGUGAGCGUCUGUGGGAUAUCUGUGAUAAGAAGAGAGAGGAGGCGAUGCAGGAGAAAGCAGCACUCACUGAAGACGGCUGGCUCGAGAGCCACACUUCUGUUCUUAUUAACCACUACUGUACUCUCAUACAGGUGGAAAUGGACAGGUUUCAGUACACUCAGCGUUUGUUGAGAGAUUAUUACACAGAUAUGUACAGGGGUACUGUAUCUGAAGCUGCACCUGAAUUUAGCUGCAUCACACUGCUUGAUAUCACCAACGGCGACAGCAACCAACCUGAGAUGACAAAGAGCUCUGCAGGUUCGGCUCCAUCUGAGAGAUUUACAAAGAUUGCUGGGAAGAAAGACAUUGAGACUGAGGAUAAGAAGAAACCCAGAGUGCCCUCCUCAACUGACUCCUCCAAACAGUACGACUGUGUUCACCCUGAUGAGAAGCUGCUGGAGGAUCUCCAUCACACUGCUGUCACUGCUGUCACACAGCUGGUAAGAGCAGAGAUGCAGCAGUUGGAGAAGGAGGAGAACGAGGUGUUGCAGAUGGAGAGAGAGGCAGCACACACAGACACACACACUCCAACCCCCUCAACACACUCCAUUAAAGACAAGAAGAAAGGCCUCCCCUCCCCCACCCAGCAGCCCCCCCUGCUCCCCCCACCGAAGGAGGAUGCUGAGGAAGUGCAGAAGACAGUGAGAAACAGAAUGAGACUGGAGUACAGAACUGCACUACAACAUGAGGAGCACUCUGUAUGUGAGCGUUUGGAGCGGGUGAAGCUUCAGUGUGCAGGGACGUUGAGAAGUCUCCAGAGCCGAGCAGAAGCGGCUCACAGGGAGAUGGAGGAGUGGGGCGGGGCUCACUUCCUGUCUGAGGUCAACAGCAUUGAUCAGCUGGCAGCAAUCAUUCGUCACCACAUCGAGAGCGGAUCACGGAUCACACACGAACUCACAUUAGCAUGUAGCAACUUAUUCAUCGAUGGAGACACCCGUGUGGUGGAGGCUCCACCCCCUGCACCCCACCCACUCUCUACUGAAGUAACCAAUCAGGGCUCUGUCUCUCUAACCGUGCAGCAGCUGUACAGCCUGCAUUCUCACCUGCUCACCAUCGCCCCUACAGGUCUGGUGUCCUGUGGCAUUUUAGGUGAGGUUCUGACUCUAUGUGUGGGUUCAGAUGUUCUGUCUGAAGCCUGGAUGCGACUCACAGACUCACAGGACUGGGGGAUGGUGGACUGGCGUCAGUUCCUGUUGAGUGCGGCUCGUCCGUGGCCACUCCCCUCACAGACACAACUAAUAAAUACACUCACACACUUCAAAGAGAUUGAUACAGCAGGAGGCGGAGUCAUCACACUGCAGCAGUACCUACAGGUGGAGUUGUGGUUUCCCACUCAGAGAGAACUUCCUGAUGAAUCCACUGAACCUCGACCCUACGACAGACUGACCAACCUCAGAAAGUUCUUCUUCUCCCUGUUCUCAGACUCCGCCCACUCUCCACCCGUGUGUGACUACAUGAACAUGCUGCUGUAUUUCUGCUCUCAUCCUGAUCCAGCAUGCGGCUUCACCAGAGCCCUGAGCCUAGUGACACAACACACACUGCGCUACACACACACCACGGGCCUGCUGCAGUCCUACGUGACAGGCGAUGUGUGUGAUGAUGAAGAGGAGGAGGUGUUUGAGGGUGAUGAAGGUGGUGUGUCGGUGGAUGAUGUACUCAGAGUUGUGAAUCAUGGAGGAGCUCGAGUCUCAUCUCAACUACACACCACCACCAGCACAGCUCAGAACCCAGAGGAGCUGCAGCAGGAUCUCAUGAAGUUGUUUAAAGAGCUCGGCUUUCAGCCUGAUGCGAAGAUCUCGCUUCAUCUGUUAUCCCAGCAGUCUGUUCUUCAAGAACUGAUGGCCUCGUCCCAGUACCUACUGGCAGACUUUUCCAGAGUGUUGGAGAAGAAGCAGUUUUCUUCAGAAGAUCCUGCAAGUGAAAUGUCCUCUAUCACAUCACCAGGAGCCGAGUGACUCCAAAAUACCAGUGUACAUUAUAACACGAUCAUCUCCUGUAAAUGUGCUGCAGUUAUUCAUUACUAGCUCUUCUCUUCCUGAUCAGGACUCUACACUAACUACUACUUUUAGGACCACUUUUGCUGUUAAUUACAAAGUUUAGGAGUACGGUUGAAGUUUAGUUUAGUUUUUUAGAGAUGGAAGCGUUAAUGUUCCACAAUAUCUCACACAAGUAGCAUGAGAGAACUUGAGCUGGACGAUUAUGGCAGAAUUUAGGAACACGGUGUGAGCCAUGACACAUUCAUUCACCUUCUGACAAUAGGAUCAACUCGCAAUAGAUUUUCACAUAGACUUUUGGAUUAUUGCAGAAAAUAAUCUCUGUGAUCAACAAAGGUUUUCAGUCCAUCAAGAUCAUUUUCACAAAUCAACACAACUUUUAUGAAGUUUGAAAACUAAAUACAGUCUCCACAAAUAAACAUCUAACCGUACGCUAUAAACGAUCUACACCACGGUCGCUCUACUUCAACAUCACCAUCACCGAGCUUCCCACAAACUUCUCCAAACUUUAUUUAAAACAUUCUCCAUUAUACAGAUUUACUCCGUGGAUGAAUCUUCAUCCAGGUUUAUUUUUGGUAACGUUAAUGUACCACAAUAUCACACACAAGUAGCAUGAGAGAACUUGAGCUGGACGAUUAUGACAGAAUUUAGGAACAUAGUGUGAUUCAUGACACAUUAAUUUACCUUCUGAUAAAAUAAAUCUAAUAUUUUCAGUUCAUUUUACAGACUGUAUGCACAAAACAACUGUUAACCUGUUUACCUUGUAAACAAAUACAAUAAACCUCAAUGUUCAGUGUUUGAA